UGUGUGAUUCCAGCCAUUUAAAUAUUAACCAGUCUCCAUCACGGACUUGAAAGCCAUUCAAUGAUUAUCAUCCAACUCUUAAUAAAAACUACUGGCAAAUUGCAGAGAGGUUAAGGGGAGAAUGCGAAAAAAUCCAGGGAGUGGUUGUUGCCUUGUUGUCCACUUCUCAGUGGCCUAAAAAGUAAACCAGGGUUCUUAAUGAAAAGUCAAGAAUUGUGGACCGAGUCACAUAUGAUUUCUCAAAAUACCAAGAAGGUCGUCUGUUGAAUAACUCCUCCAGCGAGGAUCGCAUCUUUGUUUUGUGGCUUGAUUUGGCUGAUCUCACGAGAGAUAAAUAGCAGCUGAUCUGGAAAUCAGUGUCUAGAGAAAAGGCUUUAGAUCAGAGAUUGUGGGGGUAUCUUUGAGCUAUCGGGAGUGAUCACUUGUUGAUUUUUAUUAGGCAAACCCUAGUAGCAAGAAUGUUGCCACUUGAAAAAUUUGGGGAGAUUAGUCCCAUUUGAAGCGACUAUAUUUUGGAAAAGAAAAUGAUUAGUUAUUGAUUGAGUGGUUGUGGUUGUGGUCUCACUGUAAAAGAAAAAUUGGAGAUCAAGGUCAGACUAGAUUUCUAUAUAUAUCUGGUGAAAGCUUCUGGGAUAGGACCUGAAUUUGGUUGGUUUUUGUGUAUAAGUAAAUCAAGGGUUUCAUGGCUAUGUCGUUUAGGGCGUCCUGUGUUUUCUAAGCUGCUGCUUUCCUUGCAAACUCCAGUUCUUGAUUUGUGACAUCAGUAUUUAGUCGAGGUUAACCACGGAGAACCGUAGGAGAGUGAUGGGCUUUUUGCUUCUUGGUUCAACUGGUCCACCAAUAAAAUGCAGAGCUGGUUUACGACAGGAGCAAGCAGGACGUGGCUCUUACAGAGGAAGUUAGAGAUCGGUGUUUCUGGGGUUUAGCUUGUUGUAGUUGAAGUUGUUCCCAGAAGGUAUUGUUCAAGAUAAGAGAAUGGUGGCUACUACUGCAGUUAGGCAAAAGUUAAGGGCCUUGUGUCAUGACAAGCCAUGGAUAUAUGCAGUAUUUUGGAAGCUUAAGAACCGGAGUGACUUGCUUACCUGGGAAGAUGGCUAUAUUGACAACGGAAAAUCAGUUGCUUAUGUUAGAAAUGCUUUAGAUCAUGGGGUCCUGAGUGGUAAAUUUGGGACCACAUAUUUUUGCUGUAAAAUGGACAUCGCAAGCGGAAAACUUAUACUAUGCCCUACUCAUAUUGCAAUGGCAGGCAUAUCACAUGAUUCAUAUGCAAUUGGAGAAGGGGUUCUUUGUAAAAGGCAAUCAGCAGACAACCAUGUUUGGAUUGCUGCUUCUGAGCUUAACUCGGAGAUACUGUCAGAUUACCCUCCAGAAUGGCAGCUUCAAUUUGCAGCAGGUAUCAAGACUGUUCUGCUUGUACCAGUUAUUCCGCUUGGGGUUGUGCAGCUUGGUUCAUUAGAUAUGGUUGAGGAAGAUUUGAAUGUGGUGGCUUAUAUAAAGGAUUCCUUCAGUAUAUUUCAACAUAAUGCAGGGGCUUGCAGUGACAUGGCCCUGAGAUUGGGUCAUGUUAAUCCUUUGUCAUCAGUGAAGGAAUGUUUGGUUGAGAAUCUGUUAUCACCUUCUUCUUUGAUUGGCAACUUACCUAAUCCUAUACAGUCUCAGCAGUCCUGGGGGAGGGAUUUCAUGGCUAUUGAUAGUGGCCAAAAGAAUGGGGAUGAGAUGAUUUCUAGUGAUCAUCAUUUUUAUCCUCUGUUUGCUCCUGAGGAUGAUUUUCCACAUCAAAUUGUAACAGCCCAGGUAAUGGAAAUGAAUGAAAAACCUCGUGAGGAGGAAAGUAUAUGGAAGAUAAUCUACGGAGAAUUACUGGUUGAUCCUAACAAUGCUUUUUUUGAUCAUCAUCUAUGUGAGGAAGAAAUCACACAAAUCAGUAUGAACUUACCGGAUAACAGUUAUCUUUCACAUGAUGCCAAUGAUAUUUCUUUUGCUGAAAAUAUGUUUGAUGAAACAUUAUGGAAGAACUUUGAAGCUGGUACUAUGAUAGAUGAUGAUCAACUCUUGAGCUUCCCAACUUACUGUGAGCUGCACAAAGCACUUGGGUCGGGUUCCCUAGAGCAGCAUGCUGACCAUACCUGGAAUAUUUCAUCAUCAAAGACUGCUCAAUCGAAUUGCACACCUGCUAAAUAUGAAACCAUAAUUGAGGAAUCUAAGGCAUGGUUGGCCAAUGGCAAUGACACAGGACUUCUGUUAGAUGCUGUAAUGACCCAUACACGUUGUGGUUCAGAUGAUGGUUCAUCUGAGACAUCGAGAUGUACAAAAUCAUAUAGCAGCUCAUCAGAGAAGCUUUCAGAUUCCUGUCUAACUCAGUGCAAAGCAGAAAUUGAUCCUUUGAGAUUUGACAUUUCACAGAUGCUUGCACAUGUAAAUGGUGCAGCUGGCCCCUUUGAUGGUUUGAUGGAUUCUCCCAGGCGGUAUUCAUCGAACGACAGUAAUAUUUUUAGCAAUGAUGGGCACCAGAAAAAAGGGACAGCAAAAUUGCAUCCUAUAGCCAAAAGAAGAGGGAAAAACAAUGAUUUACAUAAGCCAAGACCACGAGACAGACAGUUAAUCCAGGAUCGAGUUAAGGAGCUACGAGAGCUUAUUCCAAAUGGAUCUAAAUGCAGCAUUGAUGCAUUGUUGGAUCGGACUGUGAAGCACAUGCUCUUCCUUAAAAAUCUCUCCAGCCAAACUGAAAAAUUGCAGCACUGCUCGUAUUCAAAGGCACAGGUUAAAGACGCGGAUUCAUGUUUGUCGACAGCUCAAACUCACCAGGACCAAGUCAGCUUGGCAUGCCAAUUGGGAAGGACAUCCAAACAGUUCCCAUUGAUCAUUGAAAACCUAGACCAGCCAGGCCAUAUACUUGUGGAGAUGCUAUGCAGUGAAUAUGGUCUAUUUCUAGAGAUUGCCCAAGUCAUUAGAAGCAUGCGGCUGACCAUCCUGAAAGGAGUUCUGAAAAACAAGUCGGAGGAGCUUUGGGCACACUUCAUUGUUGAGACCUCAAGAGGUUUCCACAGACUGGAUAUUCUUUUGCCGCUAAUGAGACUAUUGCAGCGGAACGUUCCUUCCGACACUCCGAUUAUGUGAAUGUGAAAGCUUUGCAGGUGCUGUAGAACAAUGUGUGCUCUUGAUGACUUUGUUGGUUAUAUUUCUUAUGUAACUUAUGUUAUAAACAAAACCUUUUAUUUGGGGUUGUGAUUUAAUUUCAUGUCAUGUAUUGUUACCA